CAUCGACACAAAAAUUGGCCAUGUGUCUUGUAUCCUUUUUAUGAGCGCUGUUAGAGUCAAGUCUCCAACUCCUAGAAGCAGCACCACUUCCACUCAUAUAGAGUUUAAGGCAAUAAACUCAGCUACCAUGGUGGAGUCUGUUAUGCAAGUUUGCUUCUUGGAUCCUCAAGAAACAGCACCCCCACCAAGCAUGAAAAUCCAUCCAGUUGUGGAUUUAUGAUCCUCAUGAUCCGUGAUCCAACUAGCAUCCGUAAAGCCUUCUAGUACCGAAGGAUAACCAUUAUAGCAAAUGCCAUAAUACAUAGUUUUCUUGAGAUAUUUCAAGACUCUAUGUAUUCCUCGCCAAUGUAAAGAACUGGGAUUACUUGUGUAUCUACUAAGUUUCCCAACAGCAUAUUCUAUAUCUGAUCUUGUGCAAAUCAUUGCAUACAUCAAGCAUCCAAUUACUCUUGAAUAUUCUAAUUGUGCAAUUGGUUUUCCAUCAUUAGAUGUUAACCUUAGAUUAGGAUCAAAAGGUGUAGAAACAAUUGCAUAAUCAUAAAAAUUAAAUUUCUUC